GGGAAUUUAGCCUUACCUCAUCACUGACUUUCAUCAUUGAAUUUAAACCGUCUGACCGUACUGCGAUCGCAAAUCACACAAAGGAGACGAUACCAAACAACACCCGACAGUAAUUAUGACCGGAGAACAGAUUACACUAACGUUAGAGAAAUAAUCGAUAAUUCUAUAUACAAUGACCGGCAAUUCAACCGGGCGCAAACCUAAUGGGGGUUUAUCAGCCUCGUCCGCAUCGGGUCAGAACGAGACUUCGAAAACAGCUAAAACUAAAGAUUCUCCCCGGGGCAAGAAGGUCAUAAUUCGUCGACUUCCGCCGGGCAUAACAGAGGCGGAAUUCUGGGCUAUCUUGGGAGAUGAGUGGAAGAGCGGAAAUGGGAAAGCAGAGUGGAUGAGAUUCCAGGAGGGUCAAAUAUCACACGAUCCGUCGAACCCGUCCAUGCCCGCGCGUUGUUAUCUACAGGUCCGACCCGAAGACAUACCUAUCUUAGCUGAUAUCGUCCGAGCAUCAACUUGGGAAGAUGAGAAACGAACCUUCUCCGACUCAGCCCUUGUAGGGCCCCCCUAUCUAGAGCUUUCUAUCUACCAGAAGGUCCCCACUACGAAGAGACGCACAGAUUCUAAGCAAGGUACUAUCGAUCAAGAUCCCGAUUUCAUGGCUUUUCUCGACAGUCUUACUCGGGAUACCACCAACGUGAAAGAAGGUGAUGCCGAACAAGUAGAGGAUGCAAGCAAGGCAGAUACUAAGGUCACCACUACACCUCUGGUCGAAUUUCUCAAGGAAAAGAAAGCCAAUAAGGGAAAGGAGAGCAGUAACGUUAAGAGUGGUGGUAAGCAUGCUAGGCAUGAAUCCCAGGGUGUGAAAUCGAAAGGGGGCCACGAAGAUUCUAAGAAGAAGGGAAAGGACACCAAGGCCGAAAAAGCUGAAAAAGCUGCGGAUAAGGAGGAGAAAAGGGUCAAGGAGCCCGUGAAGCUCCUCACCAAAAAGUCAGCCGCUGUGGAGUCAGCCGAGGCAACCAAACCGACGUCCACCCAGGCUAGUACAAGUAAUACUGCUGAAGAGGCGGCACCUAAGAGCCGCCGGGCUAAUAUUGCCGCCGCUGCUAAGAUCCUACAACGUGAUCUUGGCCUCAGCCCAGGCAGCGCCCACAGGAGAGCUCGUCAGGAUGCUGCUAAGGCGGAAGCGGCCGCUAAGGUAGACGCCAGUAAGGAAAAGGAGAAGGAAAAGGAGAAGGUUCCAUCUUCUGCAGCUCCGACUGCAUCAAGUCAACCCUCUUCAUCAGCACCUCCAUCCGCCCCGACAGCCCCGAAAGCCCAAGCAACUGAAGGUUCACGUCGGUCUCGAGGUUCAAGGUCUUCUAAGCAGAGUGCAACUAGUGACGCAGCUAAGGGAAAGGCGGCUGAUAACGCAGGCAGCACGACAAAGUCUACCCCGAUGGUCACCCCAAUUAUCCUUAAAAGAAAAGACGAUGCACCUCCGAGUAGCUCGGCCCCGGCUGCUCCGGCUACACCUGCUGCUCCUGCUGCUCCGGCCUCCUCGACUUCAACUCCCCCAACUGGACCCAAGGCUGCUGGCAAGGCCACAUCAUCCAACAAACCGGGCCCCUCACAGAAGAAAACGUCUAGUCAGCCAUCAGUAACUGCCGGGGCGACACGGGCGUUUGUGAAGCACGCGAACCCUUCACAAGGCGUCACUGAGCCAUUACUUAAACAGGCUAUGGAAGCGUACGGGUCCGUUACAUUUGUCGAAAUUGACAAGCGGAAAGGCUUUGCAUAUGUUGACUUUGGGGAUCAUGAUGGAUUAGUCAAGGCUAUUUCUGCAAGCCCUAUUUCUGUCGCGCAAGGCACGGUGCAAGUACUGGAGAGAAAGGAGACCAAGAAGUCAACUCAGCCGCCAACACAACCAGCAAGCGAUAAGACGAGUAAUGAAACUCCACCAGAUCGUCCCAAACGAGGUGGUCGCGGCAGAGGUCGUCGAGGAGGAGCUACUAAUACUGGAAGUGCAAAUCCAACAAAUGAAGCAGCUGGAUCUUCGGCGACGGCUCCCCCUCCGGCUGCCAAUUCAAAUAAUGCCACGUCUUCCAAUUAAAGAUAAUCACGUAUCUAAUAUCACCAUCUUUGCUUACCGCAACUUCCAUGUACAUAACGAUUCAUCGGUAGAAGACGGAGGGAGUCGGUCUAUUCAGCGUUCUUUAUAACAUCGCCCUGAAAGUCCUUGUGUUUAUGCCGGAGGGUAAGGCAUGGCUACAUAGGUUAGGUAGAGGUAGGUAAUGAGUAUUCCCAAGGACAUGGUUCUAUAGGGCAAUACUCCUAUGAGCAGCUUCGAGUGUUAAGUCGGAACGACUCUCGACAUUUUUUAGGGGAUUGUGCCUAGCUCUGAAGAAAGGGUCGUCAAAUAAGCCUAAGUUACACUUAACGCCCAUUAUCUUACGUAC